GAAUAAAAUUACAAUCAAAACAACAUAGUUAUUUAAAUAUUUACCAAUUAACAUGUUGUAUAAAGAAAUAGAGGUUUCCUAAGUAAAAUAACUCGGCCGUUUCAAUAUUAGCCCUGUAUUCGAACUGCAAAUAGUUCGAAAAUGGAUUAUUUCAUUCAAGAGAAAAACAUUUCCGGCCUAUGUCGCUUUUGCUUGAAAAAUAACGGAAGUAAAGAUAUAAAAACUGAAUAUAGUACUAACGACAGUAGAGAAGUUUACCAAGAAAUGAUUGAAAACGUUUUUAAUAUUCAGUUACUCACAAGUAAUCAUCCCGAUUCAAGCCAAAUACCUCGUGUAAUAUGCGAAGAAUGUAUCCGAAGGUUGCGAGAUGCGGCAGCCUUGAAACAGACUGUAUUGCAGAGUCAAGAAGCACUGCUGAGAUUUGCUCAAAAUUUAUCACAAGACAUUCAAAAUAAAAAUACGUUAGAAGAAUCAUUAAUGACCGAUAUUAAAACUGAAAUUUCAAUGGAAGACAAUUUGGUAGAAAUAUUUCCCGAUGACAACUUUGAUGAAGACGAUGUUGAGUCAAAUUUCAAGGCAGAAGCUUCUAGAUUGGAUGACGUCACUGAUAUUACGUCACAACUCAGUAAACAAAAUUACGCGGGGAGAUUGAGUGCAGAGAUAAAAGAAGAUUCUCAAAAAGACUGGUCGAAGAUCGUGGAGAGGCGCGGCGACGGUCCCUUACUCCGCGAGAACUCCCUAAAACUAAUAUCAAAUUCGACUCUAUGCGUGUUCCAGUGGAACAAAAGCCGCUACAGAUGUUUCUGCUGUAAGGAGCCCUUUAGCGACAUUGACCUGCUGAGGCAGCACACGGACAACGCUCAUUCCAUAAAAAAUAUAGAGAAAAAAAUAAUCGUCCAACAAAAUAAACUGGUUAAAGUCGAAAUCUCCAAGUUGAGUUGCAGGAUGUGCGGGAUUACAAUGGAUUCGUUGUCAACGCUGAGGCGCCAUCUUUCCGACGAGCACGCCAUCUUGUUCGCGUCAGACGACGAUUUACUCGUGCCGUUUAAACUGCAAAACGAUUUGAAAUGUCAAAUAUGUCACGAGAGAUUUAGCGUUUUUCGUUUAUUGAACAUUCACGUGAACAAGCAUUAUAGGAAGCACGUGUGCCAUGUUUGCGGCGCCGGCUUCACAAGUUUAGUCUUCUUGAAUUUACACAGAACGAGGGCGCAUCGUCCGCUGACUUGUAGGCAGUGUGACGCGACCUUCGUUACUAAAAACGAUAAAAAGCAACACGAAAUCAACGUGCACGGCUUGAAAUGCGAACGGAAACUGCGUUUUCCGUGUCCGUAUUGCGAGGACAGGUUCUAUCAGGAGAACUUCCGCGUGCUUCACUUGGUCGAGAAGCACGGCUUCGCGAGACCGGAGCACAGGUGCGUGGUGUGCGCGAAAACUUUCGUCACCCGCAGCCUAUUGAAUAAUCACACGAAAAACGUUCACAACAAAGAGAAGAAUCACAAAUGUGACAUCUGUCAAAAUUUGUUCUACACUAAGUCGGAUCUGGGCAGGCACAGGGUCACGCACACGGGAGAACGAAAACACAAUUGCGGUGUUUGUAACGCGAAAUUCACGACGAAAGACUCGCUGAGGCGACACGCGAAAAGGGCUCACCCUGUAUAGUGAA